UUAUUUUGCGAUAUAAGUUCGGUAUGUGUAGUGGAAUCUUGGUACAUGACGUUACUGUUGGGUGUGUAAGGUUACAUAUCACUAACAUCGCAGAUGAGGGAGCGUGGCUGUAACAUCCUCGUUACUGGUACGCCAGGUGUUGGUAAGACUCGAUUGUGUAAUCAUGUAGCGAGUGAACUGGGCCUUACUUAUGUAAAUGUUGCUGAGUUGAUACGGGACGAGCAGUUACAUAGCGGUUGGGAUUCUGAGCUUGAUUGCUCCAUUUAUGAUGAGCGUAAGCUACGUAAGGCACUGAAGCAGCGUGAGCUAUCUCGUGGUGGCUUUAUACUAGAGUUCCACUCAGUGGACGGUAUUCGUGAGGGUGACAUUGAUCACGUUCUGGUUCUUUCUGCUGAGAUUGAGAUUUUAUCUAAGCGUUUAUCUGAUCGUGGGUACGGUGACAAGAAGAUAGACUGCAACAUUGAGGCUGAGAUAUUUAAGGUAUGUCUUCAGGACGCCGUUGACCACUUUGGUGAGGACAAGGUGGUUGAGCUUCCCAGUAACACUGAGUCUGACUUUUUGGGUGCCGUUGAGCACGUACGUACUCUUGUUAAUAUGGCUACGCUGCGUUAGACGUUGCUGUAUUUGGUAGUACCAGGUGG